GGAGGAGGAGGAGAGGCCACCUCGCCGUCCGUUGCGCACCGUCUCCGGGCGAUGCCAGUGUAAAUGCCAGGGCAAUGUCCCGUCGCAAGCAGGGAAACCCUCAGCAUCUGUCGCAGAGAGAGAGCAGGACGCCGGACGCUGAGCAUGUGGAUGCGGGAAUGCCCGUGGCCGAGCUGCCCCCACAUCCCCACACGCUGCUGGAGCCCAGCAUGGCCGGCACGCUGCCCCCUGGCCUGGGGGACCACGACUUGCUGACCUGCGGCCAGUGCCAGGAGACUUUCCCCCUGGGGGACAUCCUGCUCUUCAUCGAGCACAAGAAGAAGCAGUGCCACGGCCUGACGAGCAGCCACGGCUGCUACGACAAAACGGUGGACCGCAGCAGCCCCUCUCCGCCGCGGGCCGAGCUGAGAAAGGUGGUGGAACCGGUCGAAAUCGGAAUCCAGGUGACACCCGAGGAGGAAGAUGAGAGACUGUUGACGCCCCUGAAAGGAAUUUGCCCCAAGCAAGAGAGCGGCCUGCCAGGUAGAGACGAACCAUCGAGCUACAUAUGCACGACAUGCAAGCAGCCGUUUGCCAGCGCAUGGUUCCUCCUGCAGCACGCCCAGAACACACACGGGAUCCGCAUCUAUUUGGAGCCCAAUCCGUCUAACACUUCGCUCACCCCGCGGAUCGCCAUCCCUCCUCCAGUUGGUGCUGAAUCCAUACCCCAAUCUCCUCUCACCAAUUUCCUCGGGGACAAUAACCCCUUCCACCUGCUUCGGAUGACCGGGCCUUUGCUCCGGGACCCCCCUCCAGGCUUUGUGGAAAAUCGUCUCCCCAAUACGCCCCCCUUUGUCAGCCCGCCACCCCGACACCAUUUAGACCCCCAUCGCCUGGAACGCCUUAGUGCAGAGGAAAUGGGUUUGAUUUCCCAGCAUCCCAGUGCCUUUGAGAGAGUGAUGCGCCUGACGCCCAUGGCCAUGGAGACCCAGUCCAUGGAUUUCUCCCGCCGCUUGAGAGAACUGGCGGGAAACAACAACUCCACCCCUCCGCUCUCUCCAAGCCGCGCCAACCCUAUGCACCGCCUGCUCAACCCCAACCCCUUCCAGCCCAACCGCAAGUCUCCCUUCCUCAGCACUCCUCCUCUACCACCCAUGCCCCCAAGCAGCACCACUCCACCUCAGACACAAGACAAGAGCAAGUCCUGCGAGUUCUGUGGCAAAACCUUCAAGUUCCAGAGCAACCUGAUCGUGCACCGACGGAGCCACACUGGAGAGAAGCCUUACAAGUGCCAGCUGUGUGACCAUGCCUGCUCACAGGCCAGCAAGCUCAAGCGCCACAUGAAGACCCACAUGCACAAGUCGGGAUCCAUCACAGGUCGCUCAGAUGACGGUCUUUCGGCCACCAGCUCGCCAGAGCCAGGUACCAGUGAUAUCACCGGGGAGACAAUGAAGGGCCGUGAUGGGGACUUCCGGGGUGAGGGACUGGGUCCUGACAAUGAGGAGGAAGAGGAAGAGGAAGAAGAGGAGCUGGAAAAUGAGAGCAGGCCCGAAUCCAAUUUCAGCAUGGACUCGGAGCUGAGCCGCAACCGGGAGAAUGGUUCUAAACCCCCUGUGGAUGAAAAGGGACUGUCUCUGGGUAAGAUGGUAGAAAAUGUGGGGUUGAACUCCAUCCAGCAGUACAAUAACUUGAUCAUCGACAAUCAGAAGAGGCUUCCCUUCUCUAAGAGGGGUUCUGAUGGACAGAGGGACACUGGAGAUGAGGAUUCUGUGGUCGGGGAGAUGGACCAGGUGGAGCGGGCCACCGUCAAUGGCAGGAACUGUGGCUCGGGCGACUCUUUCUCAGGCCUGUUCCCCCGCAAGCCCACGCCCAUCACCAGCCCCAGCCUGUCCCACUCCAACAAGAGGAUCAAAAUCGAGAAGGACUUGGACAUGCCCCCAGCGCCACUGAUCCCUUCCGAAAACGUCUACUCUCAGUGGCUUGUGGGCUACGCGGCUUCGCGGCACUUCAUCAAAGACCCCUUCCUAGGCUUCACCGACUCCAGACAAUCUCCUUUCGCCACGUCAUCCGAGCAUUCCUCAGAGAACGGCAGUCUGCGGUUCUCCACGCCACCCGGGGACCUGUUGGACGGGGGACUCUCGGGCCGCAGCGGCACGGCCAGCGGGGGCAGCACCCCUCAUUUAGGCGGGGGCCCAGGGCCAGGCCGGCCCAGCUCCAAAGAGAGCCGGCGUAGCGACACCUGCGAAUUCUGCGGCAAGGUGUUCAAAAACUGCAGCAACCUGACGGUACACCGGCGCAGCCACACGGGCGAGAGGCCCUACAAGUGUGAGCUGUGCAACUACGCCUGCGCCCAGAGCAGCAAACUCACGCGCCACAUGAAGACGCACGGGCAGCUCGGACUUCCUGUGAUGUGUAGUUGAACGCAUUCUAAGAAGUAGCAACAAUGCACAGCAGAGUUUUUUCUCCCCUCCUUUUUUUUUCUUUCUUUUUUUUUCUUUUUUUUUAUGUCUUCAAGCACUCCUUUUGCCUAAUUCACAACUUGAUUUGUACCACACGAGGGCCAAGCCACCACAAUUGAUAGAAUUGAGGGAAUAUCGUGAAGACGAAGAAGAAAAGCAAGCAAACAAACAAACAAACAAACAAACAAAAACCGCCUCAGCUCUUUGCAGUUGACCCGCACUUUAUGAUUUUGUUUUUACGAACGGCUUCUGAGCAAGAAAUUACGCUGAAAAAGGAGUUAGUGGGUGAAGGGAGCAUCUGAGAUUCAAGUGCCAGCGUUCACUAGGCUUGGCUUUCACAACGCUGGCACUAUAAAAAGUGAAAUUAAUUUAUUUGGACAGUUUUUGUACUGCCAUUCAAUUUGACAUGAGUGUGCCUUGAAUACUGAUCUUCCUAUUUAUUGUCUUGCAAGACAAAUGCAACCUUUUUUUUUCCUUUUUUUUCUUUCGGUGAAGCAAAGAAUUGAACAAAAUAAGGCGAAAAACGUCCGUGUAGUUUUAAUCUGCUUCUAAACGUACACGAAUCGGAGAUCACCUCGUUUAAAAGUCGAAUAAAAGGUAAAGUAAAGUAGCCAGCACAAUACUGAUGUGUCUGUGUGUGUAUAUAUGUAUGCAUUUGUACAUAUAAUGGCACAAACACACACGUUAUAGACGUUAUAUAUGUAUAAUUCCUCACUUCAGGAUGAGACUGCGUCCCUUGGUUAAUAAAAAAAAAAAAGAAUAAAAAAAGAAAAUUGUAGAUUCUUUUCCAGAAGAUUCUUUUGCUACAGAAUAGAUAAAGGAAGAGACUGGACGAAAAAUCAGGAAACUACAGAAACUUUAAAAAAAAAAAAAAAAAAAAAAAAAAAAGACUUUAGUGCACUCUGUCUUAAAAUACGUUUACAGUAUUGAAACAAGUACAAGGGUAAAAAUGAUAUUUCUGUGUAUGUGUGUUUUAAACAAGUAUUUUUUUCUUUCUUUCUUCUUUUUUUCUGUCUUUUUCUUUGUUUUUUCUUUUUUUCUUUCUUUUUUUUUUUUGCUUACAAAGUUUCUCUGAAUGCCACAGUGGCUAUGUGUAUAUUGGUUUUUUUGGUGACGGGGUUUUAGUAUAUAUAUAAAUAUAUAAAUAUAAAUAUAUAUAUUACAUUUUUCUUGUUUACUGUAAAAGUAUACCAGUAUUUGUAAUAUUGGAGAAUGCCUGGGCAUUUUACAAAAAGAAAAGGACAAAAAAAAAAAAAGACUUUUUUUAAUUAUCUUUAUUUUUUUUUUUUAUUUCGCAGUCCAAUUUAAAUUGUGGGUCUCUAAAAUGUUUUUUGUCACUGUAACUGUAAAAGUCUUGAGUUUUAGUAGCUUUUUUUCUGCCUUGGGUGUAAGAAAAUAACAAAUUGAUAAAAAAAAAAAAGAAAAAAAAGAAAAGUGAACUGCAAACAGAGCUUGUGGCUAAGGGUGCCAGCUCCCUUAGCGCAGUGUACGGAGGAUUCCCCCACAAGAAGUCUUACUGUUUUUUUUUUUUUUGUUUGUUUGUUUGUUUGGUUGGUUUUUUUUUUGGUUUUCAGAAGAAAAAAACAACUAUUUCUUGUCAUCUGUAUCUGUUUUUGUUUCACCUGGUACGGAUUCUCUUAAUGGCUGGAUUGAAUUACACGUGUAGACACGAUGUCUUCUUGUACUGGAGCUUGUAUUUUGGAACUUGUACGUGCAUCUCUCGUUCAGAGAGCGGACGAUGAGUACCAUUGUCAUUUUUUCCUAAUCUAAACGAAAGGUGCAGAUUAACGAGCGAGUCCGCGAAGCUGCCACGGUAGAUCCAUUUCAAUUUGGCAGGAUAAAAAAAAAAAGGGAAGAAUUUGCAUUUGUCGAAAUGAAACUUGUAUAGAAGGGAUUGAAAGGUUGCCUCGGCAGCCUUUUACUGUAGCUACAUAUAUGAAAGUAAAUGUUUUGUUCACUAUUAUAUUGGUUGUAAAUAAUUUUUUAAUGCUUACCCAGACCUUGUUUCAUCUUUGUUUUCAUUUGAUUUGUGCGUGUUCUGACUGGCACUGGCAGCAAAACUGUCUUUUUUUUCUUUUUUCUUUUUUUUCUUUCUUUUACCCGUCUGCCCCCCACCCCCCACCACCCCCCACCCCACCCCCGAGCCCUGUCUGUUCGAUUCUGAGUGUAAAACCCGGUUCUUUAUGGGGUCUGCAAAGUGCAGCUCUCUUAGCAUGAGAAGAAUAGAGCACAAAUACAAACUGUUUUACUUGUCUAACUCA